AUGUCUGUCAAGCAAAACCUUCGCUCGGAGGUCAUCUUGGAGAAAUAUGGCAAGUCACUUGCUGGAAAGACAGUCUUGAUCACCGGUGUCUCCGAUCAGUCCAUUGCGGGUGAACUUGCUAUCCAAUUGUCCAAUGCCGAUCCCAAGCUCCUCAUCCUGAGCGCCCGCGCCGAGUCCAAGGUAGCUCCGAUUGCCGAGAAGAUCAAGGCCUCCAAGCCCAAUGUUGAAACCCGUUUUCUCAACAUGGAGCUGGGAGACCUGAGCAAUAUCCACCAGGCAGUUAAUGAGGGCCUCGCAGAUGUGCCCAAGAUUGACCAUGUGGUCUUCGUGGCUGCUGUGAUGGCAUGCCCUUUCAGCAGAACCAAGGAUGGAUUUGAGAUGCAGUUCGGCGUCAAUUAUCUGGCAAACUUCUUUCUUGUGAAGCUCCUCUUGCCAAAGAUUCAAGCCGCUGGCCCAACGUCUUCGAUUAUCGUUACAUCAAGUGCGGCGAUGAGGCAAGGCCAAGUUCACUUCGAUGAUCUUGAUUUCAGUGAUGGCAAGACCUACGAACCACUGGUUGCGUAUAGCCAGUCCAACGCCGCGCGCACCAUGUUCGCAAAAAGACUCGGUGAAAACUUGAAGAGUCAAGGAAUCCGUGUUUUCAGCAUUGAUCCUGGUGGUAUCUGUUUACACCGGCUUGCAAAGGCACUUCCCCCGGACUUUCCGGAAAUGAUGGAGGAAUGGAAGAAAGCUGGUCCUCUUCUGGAUGUAGACGGAAAAGAAUUCGACUUCCCCACGUGGACAACUCGGUCUGAAGGAGCGGCCACCAUGAUCACGGGAAUGAUUGACCCUACCAUCGCAGAUUAUACCGGGGCGUUCCUGAGCCAAAACGCCGUAGCAAAUGAUCAUAUGCACGCCCAUGUUCGAGAUGAACAGAACUGCACCCGCCUCUGGGAGAUGAGUGAAAAGAUGAUCCAGGAGAAGUACCCCUUAUAA